AUGCAGAUGAAGCGGAGGAUGCGAAUCAGCGAGGAGGCUGAGGCAGGAACGAUUGGCCCGGGCGAAGAGGUACUUAUCUGCAGCGCUUGGAAGGUGGUCGUUCACAUGGGUGAGGAGGGAGAGACUCCGACUUGCGACUACCACUACGGUGAGUAUUGGAAAUUGAGAUUAAGCAUCACAUUUGGAGAAGUUUCGCUGAUUUGGGGGAAUAUGACAAAUCCAAAUUCUGGACAACAAGUAUGGGCUCCGAAGACUGCUGCGCUGGUCGUUCUGCGAUCGCAAUCUACUGGUCACCAAGGGUUGCACAGCGAGGAAGGGGCACCAUUUCUUGGUCCUGCAGUAAAGACACACGGGGUCCAGGGCAUUGCAACCGGCAAGGAUGAAUUGCGAUUUCCGGAACCCGACCCUCUGUCAAAUAUCACUUAUGAAUGCUUGUACGGUUACACUGCCAUACGUAGGGUCUCUUUGAGGGCUUCAGCCAUCGAACCCUCCCAAGAAUUUCCCAGGUACAUGCCCAAUGUGUAG